AUGGCUAGGAUUUGCGUAACUGUUCUGCUGUUGUUUAGUGUGAUGCUAAUUUUUCAGCUGCAGGUCAAAGCAGGAGCAUCAACCCUGCAACUUAAACAUGGUGAUAAGAUACUUCAGAAAUUGAUUGUUGAAAGAGUAAAUGGUAAUGCCACAGCUGGAUGGAAAGCUGGUAUGAAUCCUCGAUUUUCAAAGUUUACAGUUGGCCAAUUUAAGCAUCUUCUUGGAGUAAAGCCAACACCAAAGGAUAUUCUGGAAAGCAUUCCGGUUUUAAGUCAUCCUCAACAUCUGAAUUUGCCUAGCCAUUUUGAUGCACGAAUUGCUUGGCCUCAGUGUGGGCAUUGUGGUUCUUGUUGGGCUUUUGGAGCAGUUGAAUCUCUCCAAGAUCAUUUCUGCAUCCAAUUGAACAAUGUUUCGCUCUCAGUCAAUGAUCUCCUUGCAUGCUGUGGACUUUUGUGUGGUGAUGGCUGUGAUGGUGGUUAUCCCAUUGCUGCUUGGAAAUACUUUGUACAACAUGGUGUUGUGACUGAUGAGGUUGUGAACCCGCAUAACCCCCCCCCCCCCAAGUGCAUCCAGAAGUGCGUAAAGGAGAACUUGCUAUGGGGAAAUUCAAAGCAUUAUGGCCUCAAAGCCUAUAGAAUAAGUUCUAAUCCAAGUGAUAUCAUGGCUGAAGUUUACACAAAUGGCCCUGUUAAAGUCUCUUUCACUGUCUAUGAGCAAAUGGUUAUGGCUCUAGAGAAAAUGGCAUUCGGAUUCUGGCAUCUUCCCGGUUUUAGCUACUUUCCAAUUUCCACCAUUGGUAUCUUGUUGGUGUAA